AUGGUGGCUAAUGCAUUAUCUCGGGCCAUGGAAGGACAAUCUGCUUCGCUUUACCUCUUGUCCAUGCAUCGGUUUGUCUUCCUUGAUGACCUUCGUAAGGAACUAGACUCUCUAUCGACAUUCAUAGACCUUAGUUAUAGGAUUCAAGAGGAUUCUGCAGCAUACCUAGAUUACACACUUACAGAGGGGCUCAUCUUGCAUAGAGGGCGUAUUUGGCUCCCCUCCAACUCUUCAUUCAUUAAGCUUUUACUCGAAGAGUUCCACCAAUCUCCUACAGGUGGUCACAUAGGAAUACAAAAGACCUUACAUUGA